AUGACGGAAGAAAGCUUAGCACCUUUUAAUCGGAAUCGAAGAAGAUUUCUUCGGAAACAGCGUCAGCAUGAAUCUUCCAGUAAAGCCAAUCGACAGCUGGUAAAGAAGAAUCCGCCGUCGUUAUCUGACGGAAUCGACAUUCGAAUCUCUUCAUCCAACACUUCCACUCGAAAUGGAAGUGCCUCUGCUGAAUUUAAAUUGCUAGAUUGGCUACAGCAUCUUUUGCACAAGGUUCGAUGCAUAAGUUGCCCCAGUAAUCCACUGACCAGAGAUGUCGCUCCAUUGGCCGUUAACUCGUCUUCGUCAGGACAAACAGGGGUAAAAAACACCGAGAAGGCACAAGAAAGUGAG